CGUGGUGGUGAUGCCCAAGAAGCGGCAGGCGCUGGUGGAGUUCGAGGACAUCCUGGGCGCCUGCAACGCCGUCAACUACGCGGCCGACAACCAGAUCUACAUCGCCGGGCAGCCCGCCUUCGUCAACUACUCCACGAGCCAGAAGAUCUCGCGGCCCGGCGACAGCGACGACUCCAGGGGCGUCAACAACGUGCUGCUCUUCACCAUCCUCAACCCCAUCUACUCCAUCACGACGGACGUGCUCUACACCAUCUGCAACCCCUGCGGCCCCGUGCAGCGCAUCGUCAUCUUCCGCAAGAACGGCGUGCAGGCCAUGGUGGAGUUCGACUCGGUGCAGAGCGCGCAGCGCGCCAAGGCCUCGCUCAACGGCGCCGACAUCUACUCCGGGUGCUGCACGCUCAAGAUCGAGUACGCCAAGCCCACGCGCCUCAACGUCUUCAAGAACGACCAGGACACGUGGGAUUACACCAACCCCAACCUCAGCGGCCAAGGUAACGGGCGCCGCCGCCGCGCGUCCUCGCUACCCGCCCCGCGAGCCGUGGGGCCGCUGCGGCGCGGAGGACCGCACGGCGGCUACCACGGCCACUACCACGACGAGGGCUACGGGCCGCCGCCGCCGCCGCACUACGAGGGCCGCCGCAUGGGCCCGCCCGUCGGGGGGCACCGCCGGGGGCCCAGCCGCUACGGCCCGCAGUACGGGCACCCGCCGCCGCCGCCGCCGCCGCCCGAGUACGGCCCGCACGCCGACAGCCCCGUGCUCAUGGUGUACGGCCUGGACCAGGCCAAGAUGAACUGCGACCGCGUCUUCAACAUCUUCUGCCUCUACGGCAACGUGGAGAAGGUCAAGUUCAUGAAGAGCAAGCCCGGCGCGGCCAUGGUGGAGAUGGCGGACGGCUACGCCGUGGACCGCGCCAUCACCCACCUCAACAACAACUUCAUGUUCGGCCAGAAGCUCAACGUGUGGUGGCUGCACCGGCCGCACAAGCGCAACGCCUUCAACGUGGCCGCCUGGAGGGAGAUGGUCUCCUGCUUCCAGGGCAUCGCGCGCGACCCCGACUGCCGCGCCGUGGUGCUCUCGGCCGCCGGCAAGCUCUUCACGGCCGGCAUCGACCUCGUGGACGUGGGCGAGCUGCUGGGGCUGCAGGGCGAGGACACGGCGCGCAAGGCCUGGCAGCUGCGCCAGAUCAUCCGCGACUUCCAGGAGAGCUUCACGGUGCUCGAGAAGUGUCCCAAGCCGGUGAUCGUGGCGGUGCACGGAGCCUGCAUCGGCGCCGGUGUCGACCUCAUCGCCGCCUGUGACAUCCGCUACUGCACCCAGGACGCCUGGUUCCAGGUGAAG